AGUACCAUUCCUUUUACUUGUCAAAUGAAUUUCGGGAGUUGUAAAACAUGGAGUACAAAGCCGGACUUCUGGUGUUCAUCACUUUAUUGAUUGGUAGCUUUGCAUUUCCAACGCCUGAAGAUGACAUGUCCAUCUUCUUCGACCACACUGACGCCAACGCCCGUAUUGUCGGCGGCACUGAGUCGGCAGUGGGGGGGCACCCUCACAUGGUGGCUCUGUUAGUGGGAGCUAUUGUUACAGAAUACUACUGUGGCGCUUCCCUGGUCACCCAACGCACUGUGCUUACUGCUGCUCACUGUAUUCAAAAUAUCUACAACAAUGAUGCGUUCCUCAGUUCUGCCCGGAUAUCUGUUGGCUCAAAUCGCUUCGACAGUGGCACUGAAUAUCCAAUGGUCAAUAGCGUCAUCCACCCUGACUAUGACAGAGAUAUAAUUAAGAAUGAUAUUGGUAUCAUCAUCACUGGUUCUGACGUGGCUUACAAUGACCUGGUACAGCCUGUAUCUCUCUCUUAUUCCUUCGUUGGUGCUGGAGUGCCAGCUAUAGUGGCUGGUUGGGGAACUACCUCGUCUACUCGUCCCAUAUCUGCUGUUCUAUUGGAGUUGAGAACCACUACUAUUGAUGGCGAGGACUGCAUAGGUCGUGUGAAGCAAGCAGCUAGUCAGAUGGGCUAUGAUUUUCUUUAUACUGACCCCAGCUUAGAGGUGUGCACUUUACAUUCUCCUGGAUUUGGAACUUGCAACGGUGACUCUGGCAGUGCCCUGCGUCGUGUUGACGACGGCCAGCAGUUUGGUAUCGUGUCCUGGGGCUUCCCAUGUGCUCGCGGCCACCCUGAUUUGUUCGUCAGAGUCAGCGCUUACGAGACAUGGUUGAAAUCCGUGAUCGUCUAAAAACUUUAAAGAGCACCAAACAACUGUUUAUUGUACAGUAUCAGUUAAAUAAAUAUCUUGAUAAUCUUUUAUUUGGUUGUCAUUUUUGUUUCCAUUCUUCAACAUUUCUUGUCGCCCGCUGUUACCGUUUAUACGUCUAUACAUCCUUGCCCCUCUCCGCGUCAGUGGAUAGGCAGCCUUAAUAAGCAGCAUCUCAAGUAUUAAUAGGAGGGACUAUAGCUAAUCAUCGUCAUAUUCUUGGCCUUAUCUUAAAUUACUUCAAGUCAUGGUACGGCUCACGAUUUUUUUUUAUGGCAUAAGCCAGCAA